AUGUUAAAUAAUCGUGUUUGUUCGAUUUUACGUUUAUGUGUUAUCUGCUCAGGAAAAUCAAAUGAUGUUUAUCAUGGGCCUGACUUGAGUAGUGACGACAACCAUCACAGUAAUAAUAAUAAUAAUAACAAUUAUAAUAUUGUAUUAUCAUCUUCAUCAUCGUCUCCUUUAGCACAUCAACAUGCGAUAAACAAUGUUAUAUGUCCACUAACAACUUCAACAACAGCAACAACAAUUGUAGAUGAAGAUGCAAAUGAAGUUGAUACUAUUAUUAAACAACAUGAACUAACACUAACAAAUGGUAAUAAUAAUGAUGAUGAAAAGAGUAGUAUAAUAACACCAAGAAUCAAAACACCGACGACACCAAUUAUAACAUCUAAAUGGACUUCAUCAAGACAGUCGUCGCGUAUGGCAUCACCUGCUCUAUCGACUAGUUCACAGUCUUCCGGACGUAUUAUUACAUUUCUUAAUCAUGAGGUUAUACAAUUACCUGCUUAUCUUGAACGUGAAAUACGUGUCAAACAAAAUUUUGAUCAACUUGGCUUAGUUGUUGAUGCUUAUGUUGAUGAAGGUGUUAAUGGAUGUUAUGUACGUUCGAUAACACCAACAUCAACUACAACGAAUCAACAUGGUAUAAGACCAGGUGAUUAUGUAUUAUCAAUUAAUAAUGAAAGUAUGAAAAAGAUAAGCAAUGCACAAGCACGAUCAAUUAUACGACGCGCUUCACUUAUGGGGUCAGAUAUCUGUGUUAUUUUCAUUCCGGGUGAUGAAGCUAAACAAUUUAAAGAUCAUACACUUGAUCCACAUUCAACAGGCUCUCCGAUACCACCUGAAAUUGCUGAUUUGGAUGACGAACAAACUUUAACAAAACCUAUAUCAACAACAGAUGAAGUUGUUGAUUCUGAUAUAUUCGAUUCUAAUACUAAUCAACAAACAUAUCCAACUGUUAUUGAUAGUGAAACAUUAAGUGCAACACUAUGGGGACCAGCACGAACAGUUAUACUUUAUCGUAGUGAACAUGUUAAAAGUUUAGGAAUAAGUAUUGUUGGUGGUAAACUUGAUUUUUCUGGUCCUGGAAAUACAAUUGAAUCAUGUAUAUCUGGUAUAUUUAUAAAACAUGUUUUACCAGAUUCACCAGCUGGACGUAAUGGAACAUUAAAAACAGGUGAUCGUAUACUUGAAGUAAAUGGAAAUGAUCUACGUGAUGCUUCACAUGAUCGUGCCGUUGAUAUAAUUCGCGCUGCACAAUCACCUGUUCAUUUUAUUGUUCAAAGUUUACUUGAUCCAUCAAAUCCUAGUUCAUCAACACCGGAUCUACCAUCAAUAGAUUACUCUAACAUUCCACUCAUCCAAUCUCCAUCACAAAAUAAAAUCUCAUCGAUUAAUAAACAUUCACCUAUAAAUGAACGAAAAACUGAAGAUGAAUUAAUCAAACAAUUUGGACAUUUAAAUGGUGAUCUUUUCUAUUUUGAUAUAAAACGAAGUUUAUCAGAAAUAAAUGAGCCACUUGGACUUUCUCUUAUUGGACAUCGCGAUCCAAAUAAACUAGCUGUUUUUGUUUGUGAUAUACAACCCAAUUCACUUCUUGAUCGCGACAAUCGUAUACAUCCUGGCGAUCAAUUACUUGAGGUUAACGGAGAAACUCUUUUGGGUAAAGCACAUUCAACAGUAACACCAAUUAUUCGAUCUAUUAAAGCUGAUACACUUAAUUUUGUUGUACUACGAAAUCCUAAUUCAAUUAAUGAUAUGGCGUUAAAUAAUCAACAUGCAGCAACAGCACGUCUACGAGCAUUAGCAAUGACAUCUAAUGAUGCUUACCUCACUUCAACAUCUUCAAAAACAGAACGAAGUCAACUAACAUCAUCAUCAAUUCAACAUCCGUCAGAACAACAGAUGAUAAACGAUGCUAGUCAUUUUCAUCAACGUAUUCAUAUCCCAAGGCACCAACCGGAUGUCAAUGAACAUAAAGAAAAUGACGAUAGACUAACAUCGACAUCAGUUUUUCCGCCUCCUACACAUACAUUUGAUGAGACCGAAUAUAUUCCAAAUAAGAAUGAAAAAAAAUGUUCUAUUCCACAAAUAACACCAAUCACCAUAGAUAAAAAAUGCUCAGUUGCUGACGACUUACCAACGUCAUCAUCAUCGCCGUUGUCGCCUAAUCGAAUAAUAACAAAACCCGACGUUCAAACAGACAACAACGAAGUUUCAUCAUUCAAUCAUAAUAUUUGUACUCAUUCAACGACUACAGAGUUUCAUUCUAAUUCGUCGGAUGUCACUUCUCCUAUUUGUCGUUUCAUUCCAGCAUCAUCAUCAUCAUUCGAUCAACAAUCAUGUGUAUAUGAAAAUAACGAAUCAUCACCAACACUCCCAUCGUUAAUAACAACAACAACAACAACUCCAUCACCCUUGUUAGUGCAUGAACAAGCAAAUCAUGCAAAUGAUAAAUAUUUAGAAAAUAAAAAUCAAACCAACAAUGAUAGUCUAACAAAUAGCACUCAAAUAUCAAGUUCUCCUAAACAUAAUUCAAUUCAACAAAACAAAGAUGAAACAUCACCUACACAUUCUUCUAAAAUAACUCAAUCAAACGACCAAGAAAAAUUGAUCGACACUAUCUUGCCUUCAGAUGACAUUGUAUCAUCACCUACGAAAGAAAAAAGCGAAGAAAAUUCAAGUGACACACUAACAAAUCCUAUAACGACAAUAACCAAUGGUACUUUGACAGCACGUAUAUCUAAUAUGUCAUCGUCUUCAAGUUCGUCUUCAUCCCUUUCGGUUUCCACACCAUCAUCAUCAGAACAUGCAACUAAAAAACAAUCUUUAUUACCAGUAACACAACAAGUAGUACGACGUACGUCAAUGUCUGCACCUGGUCCACCAAUCACGCUUAUAUUAAAUAAGGAUCAAAAAGGCUCAUUUGGUUUAACAUUGUCACAACAUGAUAAUGAAGUUUGGAUACAAAGUGUUCAACCACAUGGACCAGCCGAUCAACAAGACAUUCGUGCUGGUGAUCAUCUCAUACAAAUAAAUGGAACAUCAGUCGAAGCAUUAAAAUUUACUGACGUGCAGAAUAUGUUAGAACAUGCAAAUAGUAAUCAAAUACAUUUAACAUGCAUACCAUAUCGUGAACCACAAGCACAACCAGUUGUUAUUAAUAUAAAUCAAACUGAAAGUUUACCUUUAUUAAAUACAAAUGAUAAUGAAACUAACAAAGAAGAUGAUCCUCGUACACGAUCAGUUCUUGUUGGACAAGAAACAUUAAUUGAAAUUGAUCGAGGACAAUCUGGACUUGGACUUUCAGUUGUCGGUGGAUCAGAUACACAAUUAACAGCCAUUAUUAUACAUGAUAUCUAUGAUGGUUGUGCUGCACAACGUGAUGCUCGUUUACUUGUUGGUGAUCAAAUUCUUGAAGUUAAUUCUAUUGAUUUACGUUCAGCAACACAUGAAGAAGCCAUUCAAGCAUUACGACAAGCAUCAACUGUUGUUCGUAUACUUGUUUUAAGAGGCAAAAUGUUAACUGAAAUGAUGAAUGAACAAGAUAAGUUUGAUGUGAUUACAAUUGAAUUAAUUAAAAAAUCAGGAAAAGGACUUGGAUUUAGUAUUAUUGGACGACGACAUGGUUUUGGUGUAUUUAUUUCUCAUAUUCUUGAAGGUGGUUGUGCAGAAAAAGAUGGUCGAUUAAUGUCUGGUGAUUUAAUCCUUGAAGUAAAUGGACAAGAUUUACGAAAUGCAGCUUAUGAACAUGUUGCCUAUACAUUAAAAACACUUCCACAUGGAAAAGUAAAUAUAAAAAUUGGACGUUUGAAAGCUAGCAGUCAAUCACAAAACCGACCAAAUUCCGUCGGAACUGAUCGUAAAAAUCGUUCACGUUCAUCAUCAUCAAAUUUUCGACGUUCAUCAGCAAAUAAAAUAAACGACAGAUGA